GUUCCCACAUUUAGCCCUAAAGUAUAAAUUCUUUCAAUUGAAAUCGGUUCUGACCCGCAACCAAAUUCCUCUCCAAAAAAAGCAUUUUUUGUUAAGGUUUCUUCAUUACUCUGAUAAUUGUGAUCUGAAAUUGAAAACCAACAUCUUCAAUCCUCCGAUCAUCUUCUCCAUUUCGCAUUUCUUUGUUUGAAUUUUACGUUAACACGCCGCCAUAGAUAAUAGUCUUUUUUUCUUUGGACCGAGAAAAAUGCCGACGAGUUGUGCCUUCCCUGAGGAAAUCAAUUCUGCGCCGGAAUCGGCCCCCGGAUCGCCCAACAACAAGAUAAAAUUCAUGUGUAGCCACGGCGGAAAGAUUCUCCCGCGGCCGUCCGACGGCCGCCUCAAGUACGUCGGCGGCGAGACGAGGGUUAUCUCCGUCACCAGAGACAUUCGAUUUCAAGAAUUAAUGAAGAAGCUCACAUACCAAAUAGAGGGAGACAUGGUUCUCAAGUACCAGCUUGUCCCGGAGGACCUAGACGCCUUAGUCACAGUCAAAUCUGACGAAGAUCUCCGGUACAUGAUUGAAGAAUGCGAGCGCUUGGGACCCGCCGGCUCCGCCAGGCUUAGGGCUUUCCUUUUUCCAUCACAGCCGGUUGUGCUUGAACCGCCACCACCACCCCUCAGCCUCUCAGCAGAGGCCAUAGAGCAACGCUAUGUUGAUGCCAUCAAUGGCAUUGUUCGCCCCGGCCACACCUAUAACCACUUGCUGGAAGGGAUGAAGCUGCCUGCAGCCAAGCCCAGCCUUGGCCUGAACCGUUCUGUUUUCAGCAUUUCGUCGGCGUGUUCUUCUCCAAGAUCACCUGACAAUGAUGGGGUUUGUGUUCAUAAUAGUGACCAUUUGAUGCCAAAUGGGGAUUUCGCAAAUGGUUAUAAUAUGCAUAGAGUUCACAGCAUGCCUAGUUUUGGAAGUGGGAGAGAGCAGCGAGAAGUGCCUCCCCUAGUCCUAUUCCUCUCAGUCCCCGGUAUGGCCACAGUGGCGGCGGUGGUGGCGGUGGCGGUGGCUUUAGGUUGUGGGAUGGUCCCAUGACAUCUGCAGAGACUUUCAACUGACAACAGAUGUGGGGUGGGAGGUGGGGGUUAGCUGCUCACACUUUGAAGCACUACAAUGUGUCAACUCCUGACAAUAUCAAUGAAGGAUGACAAUGCAUUAGAAUUCCCUAUUUGUCAAUCUAAGAUUAAAUCUCAAUUUAUCUUCUUCUACGUGACUAUCUGGCCGGUCCU